AUGAAUAUGAGGAUUCUUCUCUUCCUUCUCUUAUUGGCACUUCUCUCCCCAAGUAUUUCCUCCACCUCAUCAUCAUCAUCAUCAUCAACACUCCUUAAUCGCAUGUGUAGUAGUGAUGAUAGAGCUCCCUCUUUCAAUCAGAGAGAUUUGUGUUCAGCAUCAAAUAAUUCAAUGAUUACUCCCUCCUGGUGCACUCGUCAUAAUCCAUUCUCUUCGGUUCCUUAUUUAUUUAGUGAUAAUAACUUUCCGAGUUGGUUAAAUGUUGAGGAUGGAGCCAUUUGUAAUACGGCCAAUCCCUACGUGUUCAGUUUUAUUAAUGGAACAAUUAGAUAUUCUGCUCCGUAUGCUCUCGAUGGAAAUGCACAAGUAUUGCCAUCAUCAUCUUCAUCUUCAUUGAGUUAUUCUGCAAUGAUUUCACCAAGAGACAAGUGUAGAUUUAUAUCAAAGAUUAAUACGAUUGAGUUUAGUGGUGAAUUUGGAUUCAAUAGUAGUACUACGAUUGAAGCUAAGAGAUAUCUGGUUUUGGGAUUAGUUUCUGGACAAAUUAUUCUAAUGAAUUUCAAUAAGGAUGAUGAGAUUUACUUGUUGGGAAAUACUGAAGAUAAGACAAAUAUUAGAACAUUGGAAACUUUGACAAAUGGUACUGAUUUAUAUGUUUCGACUGUUUCAUUUGGUAAUUCAGUUUCUCUAUUUUAUGGAAAUUCUUCAAAUAUUGCUUCUAUUCAACGUUGUGGAAACAUUUUACAAUUUGAAUCGAGAAAUCAAUUUCCACCAGAUGUCAAAUUAAUUACUCACGAUGGAAAAAUAUACGCCUCUCUCAUUGUUUACAAUAGUACCGAAAUGUGCUAUUUCAUUUACUUUUAUCAACUAGAUGGUUGCUCAUUCACAAAACAAUUCCAGUACAAGGUUAAGGAAAAGUGGGAAUCUAAUCUGAAAUUCAAAAUUUCCACUCAAGUUGGUGGAUUUGACAAUGUUCUCACCACUAACAAUUUUGUAUAUUCGAGAACUAUACUCCAAUUCUCCACAAGAAAACAUGUGAAAAUCAUUGAAAUGACCACACAAGAUAUUGAAAUGGAUCUGAGUACCAAUGACAAUUCCACAUUUUAUGUUGCCACUGAUGAGGAAGAAAUUACAGCAUCUACCAUAGCAUAUGAAUACAUUAGAAGGAUUGACUUUACAAAAUCCUCAUGCGCCAAAAUUUAUGCCAACCCAGCUCAAGGUGCAAACUUGAUUCUUUCACUCAAGAGGAGAAAUAGCAAUUAUUUGAAAGCAAGAAAUUUAUUAGAGUUUGGAAAUUAUCCAUUCUAUAGAUAUUCGAAUAGAACUUAUAAUAAUCCUGUUGGAAGAACAGUUGAGUGCAAUGUUGCUGAUGGUACAUUUUAUGAUGCUUUAACACAGAGUUGUACUCAUGCUUUUGAGGUAGAGAAUGUGAUUGGAGACAUUUCUAUUGGAGAAGAAAUUCAAGAGCUUUCGAGUAGAUUCCAUGAUGCUCCACUCAAUUAUUCACAAUACUUUGAAGUUGAUUUGACUGAAAAACUUGACACCAAAGAUAUUUGUAAUAAUAUUGCUCAAUUUCCAGCACUUGCUUCCUUAUGUGAAGAAAAUUUAAAUCAAACAGAGUGUGCAUUUGAUGCAUUUACCAUGUUUGGAAACAAGUUCCUUCCUAAAAUAUUAGCAGAUUUUUGGGUAAAUCAAAUUUACAUUUCUAAAACUGGAAAGGAGGUUUUGGUUUAUGGUUUACAACAAGAAAUGUGUUCACUCAAUGGUCUUUAUAUGGACAAUUAUAAUACGAUUAGUUUAAUGGGAGAAUCUACAUAUAUGGAUAUCACAAGGAAUGCUCAACACAUGUUUGUAACAGUGUCCAGAGAACGAUGGGAGUUACAAUCCCUUACCAGAUUUUACAAUAUUUGUAAACAAUUAGAAGUAGAUCCAGAAGAUCCAUUUUUGAAACCAUUUGCUGAGCAAUGUAAGGCAAAUACACCUUCUCCAGUCACUCUUAAUCAAUUUGGACAAUACACCUCAAGUUGUUUCAGUGGAAUGAGUUGCCCAUCUCUAAAACAUGUGGAAAUUGAUAUUAUACCUGAAGGAUUUUACACAACCAGACCAAAUGUUGUCAAAGAAUGUGAGGAAAAAUACUUUUGCUUACAGGGUGUGAGACAGCCAUGUCCAAUUGGAUUUUAUUGCCCAAACAAGGGAAUGACUAAACCAUUGCCAUGUAAAUUCUCCACUUCACAUAAUUUACACAAACGAGGUCUUUCAUGGGAGGAACCAAAGGGAUCAGAUACUUGCUACUCACAAGCCAACAGUUUACCUCAACCUUGUUUGAAUGGUACUCUAUGUAUUACACCUUAUUUUCCACCUAUUCCUAUUUCUCCUGGUCUUUAUUUGGAAGGAAACAAGAUUAAAGAAUGUCAAUUGGGAGAUUAUUGUAAUUUGGGAAGAUAUAUAGGUGAAAAUCAAAAUAGCUCAAUAUUGGCAUGUCCUGAAAACACCUAUUGUGAAGAACCCUCUACAAUGGAACCUUCAUUGUGUAUUCCAGAUGAAAAGUUAUCAUUAUAUUGCCCACCUGGAACUACAUUCAGAAGACCAUGUAAUAAGGGAUUCUAUUGCCCAAAGCCAAGUGUUGAAGUUCCUUGUAAAUUGACUCAAUAUUGUGAGGAGGGAUCCUAUAUUCCUGAAACAUGUCCAGCUGGUUAUUACUGUCCAUCACCAUCUGAGAAGUUGAUUUGUCCAAAGGGAUUUUAUUGUGUUGUUGGCAGUGUUUAUCCUACCAAUUGUCCGACAUUUAGUAUUUGUCCAGAGGGAACUAAGGCCUAUGAAGAUUAUGCUCUUGGUGUCUUGAUUGACAUUUUAAUUAUCAUGGGAGUAAUUUUGACAUUUAAAAUUUAUUCGUGGACUUCUAAUUGUUAUAUUCGAUAUAAGGCAAAGAAACUCAAAAACCAACAAGAUUUGGAAUUACUAACCAUAGAUGAAAAUGAUGCUGAAUAUAUUGUUGUGGAACAGAAAACUCAAAAAUUGACACUUUCACAAUGUAUGCAAGGACUUUACAAGGACAUUGGAGUGGAAAUUUCAUUUGAGGAUUUGUCAGUUGACUUGAAAACAAGUAACAGAAGAAUUUUGCAUAAUCUUAAUGGUAAAUUUGGCGCUGGUAGAUUGACCUGUAUUAUGGGUCCCAGUGGAAGUGGUAAGACCACCCUAUUAUCAGCCAUUAGUGGUAAAGCAUCCUAUGCCAACAUUUCAGGUUCUAUCAGAAUUAACGGAGAAAUAUCAUCCAUGAAGAAAUUCAAAAAUAUUUGUGCAUUUGUACAACAAGAAGAUUGCAUGCACAGAGAGUUGACUGUGGAAGAGUGUAUUUAUUUCAGUGCUAGAACAAGAUUGGCCUCUCAAGUGAGCCAGAAAACUGUGGAAUCCAUAGUGAAUGGAGUGAUUCAAAUAUUGGACUUGGAAAAUGUGAGACAUUCUGUAAUUGGAGAUGAGAAUAAGAGAGGAAUAUCUGGUGGUCAGAGAAAGAGGGUCAGUAUUGCUAUGGAGCUAGUAGCUUGUCCUUAUGUUUUAUUUUUGGACGAACCUACAUCUAGUCUCGAUGCAUACAGUAGCUUUGAAGUGUCUAAGGCAAUGAAAGAUAUUGCCUCGAGUGGAAUUACAGUUGUUGCAGUUUUGCAUCAGCCAAGAUUUGAAAUUUUUGAAAUGUUUGACGAUGUGGUCUUGCUUGGAAAUGGAGGUAGGAUUGUGUAUAUGGGACCUUCCUCUGAUGCUUUGCCUUACUUUGAGGAGAAACUCAAUUUGGAGCCACCACCAAGAGUGAAUCCGAGUGAUUUCUUUUUGGAUGCAAUUUAUGAUCCUAAAUUGGCAUAUGAAUCACAGAAAAAGAUUAACGGAAAACAAGUUCAACAAUAUACAUGCAAGGAAAUGUUUGAUGUUUGGGAAAAUAAUUAUAAGAAACUUGACGAAUUUAAUGGAACCGAUUUUUCCAAAUUAGUGAUGGAAGAGAAGGCAAAAUCUCAGAAUCCUCUCAUUCAUUUCUACAUGAACAUUAAUAGAUCAUUCCUAUUGAAGAUUAGAAACAUUUUUGGAUUUUUCAUGGAUUGCCUAUUGGUAUACGUUGCUGGACUAGCUCUUGGAUUGACUUUCCUCAAAGAUGCCUAUGUUGGACCUCUUCCUGAAGACAUGAUUGACUCGUGUCCAGCAGCCAUGAGAAAAAUCUGUGAAUAUCCACUCAACAAUCCAAUCAUCAACAUGGCAAGUACCAUUCCACUUGCUUUAGGAUUGUGUGCAGGUAUGUCCUCACUGACAACAUUCGGUUCCAGACAAGAACAAUUAAUUUUCAAAAAGGAAAGAGAAUCUGGACUCUCAGUUCUUGCCUAUUUCAGUUCUAAAAUGUUGGAACAAUUGCCAAACAUUCUUCUUGGACCAAUUGUCUUUCUUUCCAUUUUCUUUUCACUCUACUCUCCAAGAGCAACAUUUGGAGAAUAUUAUUUGGUUCUCUUUUUAAUGCAUUUCACAACAUUUGGAUUGGGAAGUUUGGUGAGUGUUGUUGUACCUUUGGAUUUGAUUCAAUUGGCAACUGCAGUUUCAAUUCUAGUUUCUCAAUUGGUUAGUGGUUCUAAACCAACUCUUCCACAAAUGAAAAAGAUUAUUCCACCUCUGUUUUGGAUUAGUUGCAUUUCGUAUAUUCGAUAUGCCCAGGAAGCACUUUACCUCAUUGAAAUCAAAUAUUAUAAGGACAUUUUUGACAUUAGUUCAUCAUUGGAAAUGUUUGAUUAUCAUUUAGAGGAUUUGGAUUAUUGUAUCUUUAUGAUUCCAGUCUUUGGAAUUGUUUUCAGAUUAUUAACAUUGAUAGUUUUGUAUCAGAAGAGCGACGAUUCAUUGUGGAAUACUUGUUUAAUGUUUAUUUCUUAUUAUUCGAAUUUUGAUCAUUUUAAAACUGGCAUGGUUUCAAUGUGGAGAAGAAUACAAAUGGUAAUGAUAUGGAAAGGUCAUGAAAAAGAAGGAUUAUUGUAA